AUGGUCCUUGAAGUGCUGAAGGAGCAAGGUACGCAUAGCCGUUGGCGCCCCCCACGUUCUACUUAGACUAUGAUGCUGCCGGCCUUUCACCUGUGUUGGAAAAGUCGUGUUUGCAUGAAUCACCGAAAGAACGGCUGUCUGCCUCGAAAUUAUUGCUUCAUUCCAUUUUCAAAGGCUCCUACUCCAUGGCUUUCUCGUUUUUAUCGAACUACAUGCUGAAGUCGGACUCUGAAAAGUUCUUGUUCUUUGAGUAAGUAGUGCCAUAAUUCUAGAAUGUUUCUUUGCCGGCGCGGUAUUCUCUUCUUUGUUUCCAUUUCAUCCGGUUAUGCGAUAGUCCAACUUUUCAUGCCGAUUUAUGCCUAAGAAGCAUUCACUAAAGCAUGCUUUAAUGUCAUCAUAUUUAAAGGUGGGAAAUCUACACGCAUAUCUAGAUCCGCACCAUAUUAUCUUGUGAUGUUAGAUGUUUUCGAAUUCCUUGCUGACAAAGUCUUCUUUCUCUUCUGUUACUAACCACGAUUUCGCUUACUUUCACCGAGAGUCUCCUCAACCUGCGCAACCAAUCCGAACUAGUGUAUUUUCUGGCAGUUUUUAAUCAUCGACCACGGAAGGCAGAUCUUGCCACUGAUACUUCGUUUUUGACAUCAACAUUUUUCUUUUAUUGUUUCAGAAACUUUCCAUCCCUGAUUGAAGACAUUCCCGAGGACUUGUUUUGCAAUUCCAUAGUCCCUUUUCUGCUCUCUCCCUCAAUUUUCACCGACUUCCCUUCCCAAAGGACCGUAGGCCUUCUCCUAACUCCAUUCAAAGGUAAUUAACAUGUACCUAAUUUCAAAUUAACCAUUUCCAUCGGUGCAACAAGCGGAACUGCGUAGACGCUCCAAGACUCCAUCACUAUCAUUUGACAUCCGGGGCACCCUUUUGAUCUCAUUGCUUAGAUUCCAAAGGUCGGUCCUCUACGGGUUUUAUCUCCGAGAGCGCCUUUCGCCGUCUGCUUGGUCCGCGCAUUACGCUCCUCUUCCAGACCCACGAACUGAAUACACGCCUGCUUUUGCUUAAGCAUUUUUCAUCCUACGCCCGCCUGUUAGGAUCCGAUGCUCUCCAAAGGAUAAUUUUACCCGAGGUAACUUUCACAUAUCCGCUGAGUGUGCCCAUUUGCGAGCUCUUCUGUAUUUGCCCUACUUUUAUCCAGUAAUAGCGGAAAGAUCUUUAAGUACUCUAUGUGUAGAUGCUGUUCGUCUGAACUUGUUCUCUAUUUGUCAUCCCGGAACGCGCAUUCAACAGCCCCUCUGGUUUUCUAUCUCAUUCUUCAAAAAGUCAUUCCACUGUUUAUAGGCGCUACAUAAUCUGCCUGAAACUCAAAAAAGCAACCAAAUUGCCUUAUGAUAUUUGCGACCCAUGAGAAAGUUACCCGCUUAUCACAGAGGAAAUUGGAUUCGCUCAGUUCAGCGCUUCAUCAUGACGUCUACACAAGAUCUCGGCCGUGCAAUUUCCAUCGAAGGGUGGUAAAUACUGCGCACAAUGGACGUUUUGUUUGGAAUAAAUUAUCCUCUUGCGUGCGGAUUGUGUUACCACAUGUCAGCAGGGGUAUUAGCAAAGGUGUAGGGAAGACUGUGAGGACGAGGGGGCCCACAGUCGGCAGUCUAGUAACUUGUACAAAAUCGGGGGUCGGUGAUCGACUCCGCCUGACAACGAGUUCUCUAACGUGUGGGCCUCCCGUCUCCCAUAACCUGCCGUCCGCAAAUUAUAGACUAUGCCAAGAUUGUGUGUUGCAAGUCGGUAUUUUAUGCACUUAGAACACGGCAUGCUCAUAAGACUCGCAUGUCCUCCGAAGAACUUUAACAAGUCAUCCCACAUUGCUAGGGUGGGAUACAGAGGCAAGCAUGAGCCAUUGAAGCAUAUCUGGGGCGAUCGGCAUGUGUUAAAAAGCCGACCCAAAAACCUGCUGAUAUUAGAUUGUGCGCAGUCUGAAGGUAGCACCACAGAAAGUCUCUAAACUAUUGUUUUGUUUCAAAUCGGAGUAAUAUAAUUUUUAUAACAGGAUUUCAAUCGUACUUAUGUGCUUACCAAGUGAACUCUCGAUCAGUCCUACCCUAACAAAAUAAUUACGUGCAUAACAACACUGGUUAACAGCGAAUAGACAUAAACAACUCGGGUAAAUAAUCGUGAAGGAAGGUCGCGCAAACAUGUCCUUUAUAAUAAAGAAAUGUGCAAAAGUAUCUAGACCUCACACGUCUUGAUUUUGCAAGCCACAAGUAUGUAAAAAACGGCAGUUUUACCGAAACCCCGUUCGUGCAUAUUCCAGGCCUUUGUAUAUUAUCCUUUGUGCCGUCUUCCACCUUUCCAAACCCAACCAGGUCUGCCUGGGCCUGUACGAUGCGUGUGACACCCUUGUGACUGCCAGCCUCACCGGCCUCUCACAGCUCGCGACAAUCUUGGGUCCAGGACCGGUUUUGAGUCAUCUCUCGAGCCUGGGGGACCAGUUGAAGUCACGUGGCCUACUCAACUUUGAGUCGCCGCCGCCGCCGCCGCAGUCGAAUCACUCCACGACCAACACUACGAUCUCUCUGGGCAGAGGGAGAACUGUCCGUUAUACGCCCACCUCGAGGGCUUGGCGGCGCUGUGCCAACCUCUUCCCCGACUCGGCUCCCAAGGUCAGUGCACAGGCGCGAGAUGCCGUCAAUACUGCGGCCGCACCACCACCCCGUCGUCUGCGUGACGUUGCUGCGCUCUCGGCAAACUACACACCGCCCGUGGUGGUAGCUCCCUCUCGAGUACCACUCCCGCCCGUCACCAAGUGGGUUUUCUUUGACAAAUGCUGUCCUGUCUACUUUUUUUCCUUGCAGGAAACAUUAUUAACAAGGACUAGAGGGGAACGUGAACUGCCGGUUCUGACUACUUUAUCCUCAUGGGCCAGAAAUGAUCUGAACCCGCACUGUGGGGAGACCUGAGUUUCGAAUCCGGGGCACUGGUUAUUCAGCUCGCAUCCUGCCGGUCGACAUCGAAAAUAUUCACCCAUACGAAAGUUGCAUUUACCGGUCUGUCCUGACUGUGUACGUUUCGCGUUUUGCCUUUGAGUUCCUGUUUGGAAUCCUCGAAGGAGGUUGCAUACGGAUAUGCAACCGGUAACCCCGGAGGUGCUAUCGGCGAAGGAGAAGACUGGAAUGGCUAACUUUGACAGCUGUUAUCAUGUGCUCUCAAGGAGCCGCGUUGGAACUGACAUCAUCUUUUAUCCCACUGCUCACGCAGUGAUUUGCCCCUUGGCAUUUUUUUCAUCCGAUGUAGACGAAACAGUCUACUGCACCCAACCUCCGGUCUCCCGGAGAGAGAGAGCGAGACGUAAAGUCAGUGCGCAGUACGCUGGUCCUCGCACUCACAAGCAGAGUACGUCUCCUCCGAGGAAUUGCAUGCAGCUCACGACCUUCCUCUUUUCAGUGUCGAGGUGCUAUUCUGUAAGCUUGGCGACGAAGGUUGGUGCCGGGUGAGCAUCAAGAUCAUGAAACGUUGGCAGCCUUUGAAAGUUUUUUUUGAGGAUUUUUUUCUCUGUUGGCCACGCCAGUUGGCGUUUUCGUUGAACUUUUUCCUUAGCCCCGGAGUUUACCCUUAAAACCCGUUUUUUGCCUUGUAGAACCUCACGUCCACACAAUGAGUCUCAACGUAAGUCCGCCCGCUAUUUACGUUUGGGAUAUCAACCUUGGGGACACCUCCAUAUGUCCGAGAAGCCAGAAAUGACGGUUGUAUAGGAAACACCAGCGGAACCAUAGGCGGUGCAUCUACUGUUCAUUCUAGUGAAAGUGAUUAGAAGUCUCUUGUUCCUUCCCAAACCCAUUGGGGAAUAGGUUGAACGCUGUUCAGGAAGAUGAAGAUGGUUGGACCUCCGGAAGGCGAUGUGUAUCUUCCCGAAAUUUUAAAACCGUGCUCGACUUGCAGCCAUAGAAUGAGCCGAAUGUGUCAAAAUUGGCUUUUCUACAGGCUGUAAUCCGAGCCGAUCAGUCUUGUGCUUGUUUCUGUUGCAGAUGACUGCGUAGCGCCUAGUUCUCGGGCGUGUCAGUGUAGCUCGAGUGGUAGUGGGAGUCCACUAUGUGGUCAUUGAUUUGGGCUAGUUGGUCACCGUGUCUCGCUGUCUGUCACGGUCAGUCUUGCCUGUACAACUGAUAAGCAGUCAUCACGUUGGGUGCCGUUGAUGACGGCUGACCUCUCAUUCCUUGCUAAUUGACUCUGCGUGAAUCGUCAUUAUAUCGUGGCACCGGAUUGACGGGCAACGUCUGUGCACAACGCAUCAAGGCCAGCACUAUCCGCCUGCUUCAUUUCUGACACCUCGCAUGUUUUUUGCUUGACCACCCCAGUCCCGGUUUCUCUCUCUAGGUACCUUCUCGACAAUAUUUGCAUCUCUCGAAAAUUCGUCUGCCCACUCUCAAGUUGGCGGUCGGGAGUCUAACUCACCUGAACUGCCAGCUUCCGCCGCGAAUCGCUCAGUCAAUGCGUCUGUGGGUCUGGAGGCCGAUGUAACUUCGCCUGGGUCAGAGUCGAAACCCCCAGCACCUUCUACAGCUGCUUACGUCGUAGUCAAUGGUGAAGCGGCUUCACCGGUUAGUUUGAGCAAAUUGAUUUUCUGCCUGUCUGCCAUUGAGAACCGUUCUCUCAUAUCUAUCACUCCAGAUGCACAGAUUUUCCGUAAAUAUGGAUUAGUACGCAUAAAGUUCGACUGGGGCAUCUAUCUGAUUCGUUUCGCGCUUUUUUCAUAGCCGACAUUGCCAUUUCAGUAGUGUAGCCGUUGUCAUCAUGAGAUAGAUAUUUUCUGAGGUGUUGGGACGAUUUCGAAGUCUUCUAUAUUUGCAUUGAAACCUUACCAGAACCACCGAUUUCUCAACGCCCACUGGUGCGUCUCUUACAUUCGACAUGGUCUUGGCAGCUCUCCUGGUUUAAGAUGGGGAGGAGGAGGGUAGGACCAUUCGGUUCAAAGGCUGAUUGACAGUUUGCACUUCCGAGUUGCGGACACCUAUCUAGUGAACGACUUGAUUCCCUCUUUUCAAGACGCGAAAGCAUCCCCUUUAUGCGCCAUUGGGUGGUUUCCGUUUAGUUACGGACACCGGUCGAUAUUACAUACCACUGGCGUAUGCGCCAAAGUUGCGAGUUCUCUUUCAUGCAAGUGUGUGUCCAGUGUGUGAGUGGCUUGGCCCGCCACUACGGGCUGGGUCGCAGAUAUAAUAAACCGAAACGGAGAUCAGACCGGCUCACGGCGCGUGUUUAUCGUGCUACGCAGAGUCCGCCCGAGCUCGUAGCUACGGCCGUACACGCAUGUGUGUUACACGCCUUAGUUGAAGGCCUUCACACAGUCAGCCACUGCGCCCAGUCCCAUCAUCAGCUGGUUGACAGACUCGGAUAGUUGAUUGGUUUUUGGGAGAGGGGAGAGGGAGCGAACCUGUCCCCACACAGUGAAUCAGCCCAUUCUGCACUCAUGCAUCUAACGUGCUUGAAUCUAUUACGAAGCGCCACAAGUGUAGUGGCUUUGAAAGUUGUCAGUUGACGGGAUACCUCUGUCCUUAUUGGGACUGAGGGUCAAGCUGUGUAACGACUCUUUUGUGACACUCACCUGUGUGAGGGCCGAACCCCGCCUACAAUAGCCUGGUAAUGUGGAGUGGGAUAAGGUCGUGUGUGUGGCACGCGUAGACAGGCUGUUUAGAUUUGUUGGCCACUGCGCUCGAGAGCAUCUCAGGUCGUCGGGACUGCAUCACCGUCGGAGUCCAGGUGGGUGAGGGAGGAGAGUGUGGUAGAUGCUACGCAAGCCUGCCACACUGUAAACUACUUCAGCCUUGAGUCAUAACUGCUGCGCCUACUUAGUAGGGCACGCGUUGCCUGUUCGUUUGUGGCGGUGAGGCUGUCGGUUGGUCUCUGCUAAAUGAAGAAUGAGUUCGCUGUUACAGACACCAACCGCAUGCAAAUCGAGUUGUGGUGGGAUGGCAGAGGUCACGGACUGGCAACCACUUACCAGCUCGAUUUCGAACAAAAUAUCACGAAGACUUUGUCUCCGACUUAUUCUGCCGUUUAUUCAGGCAAUCAUAACCCUGACCACCACCGAGGACCAGAAAUACGAACAGGCGCGGACGCUGUCGUUAACAGUGAGAGCCAUCACUAUCCCCACGAGCUGGGCACGCCCAUCAUUGGCUUGCGCAUGAAUUCGCUUCUAGUGACACAAACUUUCGCCUUAUCGACCGCACACCCUCGUCAGAUGUCCACCGUUUUGAGAUGGCGAGACAUGGUCCGGAUGGCCGGACGUGAGUGUGGGCGCUUUGCCAGACAAAGCUGGGCGGCCCAUCUACGCGUGCCACGCACGGUCUGGCCAUUAACGCAACACGUACCAGGCGCCACUCAGGGUAGGUCUCGGCCCUCACGCAAGUGGGUGUCACGAAGAAGCCAUUGCAUCCAGACUUUAAGUCCUGAGUAGAUCCGGCCAUUUGGCAACCGUCCAGGUAUGUCGUAAUGCAUUCAGACCCGUCUAAUUUUUCACAAGGGUAGAUUCCUAUUCAGUGUCGGCGUCUCUCUCUUCUUUCCCCAUGCGCCGGUGGAUUGUUCUGACCUGUCAACCAAUUGACGACGAUAUUGUCCGCCGUAGCCGGGAUGUAGUGAAGACCUCUGCAUGCACAACAGUAGUUGAGGGCAGGCUCACUCCAGCCCGGCAAACCCGGCGGUGGGGGAGGGGGAGGGGGGUAAGCUCGCGCAGACAGAGUUCAUCUGAUGGAAUUCUAAGUGGGGAAGGGGAGGAACUGAUGAACUUUGCUUCAAUCACCUGUGCUGUGUGCGUACAGCCAUGUUAGCGUUUCCUGUCCCAGAUGACGGUCGGGCUUGUGACUGACUGACUGAAGACAAAAUUAACUGGGAACAGCGUUGUAUCAAUCUAACCGCAAAAGUAUCCUGAGCAUACUGGCCCCAAAUUUCAGUUAAAGUUUCUCUAGGGUCCUAAAUUCCAAUUUUUCCACCACGCCAUCUGUUGAGCAGUGGGUAAAUCGGACAUGCAGAAUCCUUGCCAUGUAAAGCGCAGGUAGAUCUUGGAACCAAAGAUCCGAAAAUUUGGCGUCAAGAGCCACGGGAAAUCUGGGCACCUAUCUCGGAUCACAUUGCCGUCUUUUCAGUCCGCUCAAGAGUUUUGGCCGUUUGUGUCUUGAACCCUAACAGGAGGCAUGUUUUGCCCCCCCAGACGGGCCACGGCGUAGAUGCGCUGGACCAAUACGGAGGCCAUAUCGGAUUCUGGCAGGCGUUAUCGGAUUGCAAAGCAUAACAGAUACCAACAUUUCGGGAUGUGGUGGCAGGCUCGGUUGUCGGCAGCCGUUGCGCACACUGCGUCCUCUGCCGCACCCCAUUGUAGUUGUUUUUGGUUAAAAACCUGGUCAUUUGCUGUGUGAACCAGGGGGUGUGGAGUGGAGCGCCUAGGUGUGGGCUUGACCAUGCCAUCCACCUGCGCCUCCCGCCUCCUGUCUUCCUGACCCUGUCUUGACACCGAGUCCAGGUGGGGAGGGGGGAAGGAGAGAGCGCGGUAGAUGCUGUGCAAGUCUACUGCCACUAUAAACUACUUCACGCGCAAGUCGCCGUCCAUGCUCUCGCCAUGCUGUGGAGCGCGCGGUGGACAUCGUUGGUGACGACGGUUUAACUGUCGUCAUAGAAAGCAUGCCAUCGAACCAGCAGCAACACGGUACGCUUUAAACUGUUAUGGGCGCCUAGUAGUCACCGUGGGUUUAGUGCAUACGCUUCCGAAAUAGCCACCUUGCCUCUCACCUAUACUCCCUCAGCCCGCUUAACUUCCACUUGCCAAGACUUUUAAAAGGUUCCACCGACGCCCGACACCAGAGCCUGUUCAUUGUGAUCCUGCUUUUCAGAAAACCACCACGGAACGUCAGCCAGCAGAGGCAUGGAACGACUGGAGUGAUGAUGAUGAUGCUGCUGCUGUUGGGGAAGAGGAAGAGGAGGAGGAGGAUGACGGAGUUAGAACCCAGGGGGAGCAGACGGUCAAGCAGAAUGACAUCGACGAGGCAAUCUCAAGUCCACUGGCGAAAAUUUCGCUCAACGACUCCGGAACUGCCGCGGUCGGCGCCACAAUGAGCCACCAGCCCGAGUUAUCUCCAGUGAACACAGCAGUAAGCGUGCCGACUUUCGUAACGCGUAGGCCCAGUUGUGGUUUAAAGUCUGUUCACUGUUCCAAUUGAAGUGUCGGUUUUUCAACGGACUGGGCCAAACAAAGGUUGGCGCAGCGUACCUUUAUCUACUUCCAUUUAACAUGUCGGGUUAUUGUAAAGUCCCACUCUUCUAAAUGACAGACUUUGGCAGAAUUGAUCGCCUAUUUCGAGCAGCCGAACAUUAUAAGUUACUGUGUUUGUACAGCUGUAAUCACGCCUGACCUAGCCGAUCUUGAUGAUGAUGUCGAUAAUUGUACCUUUUCAUGUGUGGCGAUCUGCGACAGCAGAUCUGGAUAGCUCGAUCCAGUGCCCUCUCCAGAAACGGAGGCCGAAUACCGAGGAUCCAGUAACCACUUCCAUGUCUCGGAGAACUGUGUCGAGCCAGGUUUUGAGUUGACCUCUCCCACACCUUCAGGCGGACAAUGAUCUCUGCUCCAGGACAACAACAGUGAGCUCACGAGAUCGGCGGUGAAGAACUCACUUAAACCGCCCCAGCUGUCCUUGAAUGACCCAUGAUAUCCUCAAGAUGUUGUCGCAGCAGGGGAAUCAGUCACGUCGGGGGGGGGGGGAGGGCGCAGACGAGCAGUCAUUCCAGUGACAGUGAGCCAAAUUGCCGAGUAAUCAUCACGCCAACAUCGAACGCGGAGGAUGAGAUCGCGUCGGAGUCGUUAAUGGCCGCGAUUUCGUCAUUCGUGUUGGAUGCUGGCAUGACGCUUGCUCGGCAAAUUGGCUGACCGUCACUGGAAUGACUGUUCGCCCGCGCCCUCCCCACGUGACUUAUUCCUUUGACCAUGGAAAACCUCAGCACAUAAUACGGUAGCGGGAGGUCAUUGGGUUUGCUGAUGGAUUGCGGGGAUUUCGGCGUCUUGUGACCUGAAAUUAUGGCCAGCUUCCGUCGAAUGAGCCACUACAUAACAACUAGCACCUUCCCUCCUCACUGUUGCUGCGUGCACCGCCAUUCGUGUCCGGAGUAAUGUCUCAGUCUUCCCGGCGUUGUUGCUCUGUCCGCAACUGUACCAGACCCGGUAAACGACUCCAGACGUUUCCUGUCCUAGCAGAGUCCUUUGGCUCCACGACCUGGCGCCUGAUGGUCUCCUCCAACCUGUGUGCAAUCCCAACUCCACGUGGGAUGAGGAGGCGACUGACAGCUUCCGAGGCGUUCUUCACGUACAGAAGAGCUCGCCAGAAUUUAGGGCUGGUUCGACUUGUUCUCUGGUGUCGUUUGCGUUUGCACUGUUGGACAAAGUUGCGCGGGUAUCCAUUAGCUUUCAGUACUCGCCAAAUUUAUUGUAACUCAGCAAUAUUGUCUUCCGUCUCGCUGCAAUCCGCAACAUCCGUCAUCAACAUCAACAAGCGCGAUGGCCUCCCGUUGCCGUAUUCUGGCCAGGGGAAUCAGUCACAUGGGGAGGGCGCGGGCGAGCAGCCGUUCCAGUGACAGCGAGCCAAAUUGCAGAGUACUUAUCACGCCAACAUGGAUGAAGAGAGCUAGGCCAUUAAUGACUGAUAAGUGGACUGACAAGCCAUCAUCGCAUUUAUUACGACCCUCGGCGGUGAUCGCGAGAGCGCCAGUCGGAGGUAUUUGAAACUCUACUUUUGCAAGUGGACAGCCAUUAAUCCUGAUCAGGCACCGAUCGAUUUUACACCAGAGGGAAACGUAGACUUGAAUCGGCUAUUUACGGCUCCUUUGCCCUUUUCAUCCGGGCAGACCACAACCAGAAGUCAAGCGGGGCCUGCCUUGUCCUGUAACCUAAUAUUCUGUCAGUUAAACCGCCUGUCCGCGCUCUAUCGGCUGCAGUCGGGGAUAUCUGACGUGGCCUUCAUGGGUCCACGUUGCUGACAUUCAGUAACUCCCUAUAGCUCUCCUUGCGGAAGGUUGCAUAGGAAUGAAAUACCAUUGGUCGAGGCGCUUAACUGGCGAGAGUGAAGUUUGAACAGCCAUUUUUAGCUUAUUUGCCAUUGUCAAGCCCCAGUUUAGAUCUGGUCCUUCCAAGAUCUUCAAGUAAGGUGAUGGGAAGCUGACCUCGGGGUAAAAUUUGCCGAUCAUUAGUCUCUGUCCGCUGUGCCAGCUUACUUGCGUUGACACCGGGUUCAGGUGAGUGAGUGAGAGGAGGUAGUGCGACAGUCGCCGCCUCACCGUACCGCUCUCAGCACGCUGUGGAUGACACGGUGGACAUCGUCGUUCGUGACGGCCGAGCGAAAAUAGAGCACAGGGGAAUGACCAAGGUCGAACCGCAAUUCAACCAAUCAAACAGCGUCCUUGCGUGGCUAGUGUGCCCAAUGGACUCCUAGCUCAUCGGAUUGGUUGAGUAACCCUCCAAUCCUGUCGAGAGCUGACGCGACACCAGCGUGCAGACGGCGCGUGGACGGAUCGUUGGGGCGACGUUCUAACAGACCGUCGAUAUCUGGAUUCAGCCAUGGAGAACAGAGCGUACUGAGGUCGGUUAGUUCAUGCGGGAUAGCAGAUGGGUCAGGUAAGAGUAAGGUGAUCUCAUCACAGAGUGUCGGAGGUCCCAAUUCGAGCAACUGUGGCGGGUUCAGUCCCUUACCGCAAACGUGUAUGGUUUAUAAUGAUCUUGGGCUUUAUAAAUGCGACUCCUUAUCGUCCCUCCCAGCGUUAUGUUUUUUUUUAAUGCUUGCAUUUUUAGCUUCAAAUGCGUCUAAAACAGGAGGCGCAGGUCGCUGAACUACUUGCAGAGUUGGAGCCACCGGUAUCGUUCAAGUCUGUGCCAGUGAAAGAGAGGCCGGCCCCCGAGGUCCCAGACAAGCCAAGUAUUCUCCGCUAUCAGGCUGACGUAAGCGGGUUUCUACCUACUUGGCAAACUCUUUCUUCCUCGCCCCUCUUCUUGCACUGUCUCAUUUUCUGGAGAGAAGACUGCGCAUCCAUCUUCUCAUGUCUCCACAGUUAUUCCUUUGUACUUAUUUUCCGGACUUAUCUUAGGUAGACUCAGUUAGACUUGAAUGUUAUAUCUAGCCUUGCUCCUACUGGCUUGUCGUUCACAGCGUGUAUCGAAGAGUCAUGGUGGAAAGCCUUUCAACAACCAGAGGUGGGAUCGUGAGUGAUUAACCACUCGGGGAGCGCGCAGGCCGGUGAGCCAGAUGGCCGAGCAAUCAUCACGCCAGCAUCCAACACGGGUGAUGAGAUUUCAGCAAUUAACUGCUUGCAUGCCGGCCACCAAGCCGUUAGCGCACCAGCGGGCAACAAUUCUUGAUUAAGGGAAGAGCGGUAAAUUACCACAGGUAUGCAGUAGCAUAGCGACUGCAUCCUAUAAAUACUGCAACUUCCUGUGAACGAAUGUCAGUGUUUCUGUUGAUGGGUGCAAGUGAGAAUCCGAAACGUCGGGCGAAAAAGUUCUCGUCCCAGCGAUCGCUUCUACUUCUCCCCAACUAGUUCCUGGAACUUGCAUCUUCGCUUAUACCGGCAGUGUGUUUACAAUGAGAUGGACUUGCGAUUCAUCCAUCCAUCUCACUCCUCCCACGCUUUUAGAUGCCGGCUAAAGCCGAGGCAACUGGGGAUGAAUGUGGGCGCAGUAACCAACAGGGCUGAAAAACCUGUCUUAGCGUACCCCACGCGUGUCGGACUCCCUUGGAGAGGGGGUGUCAGAUCUGAGGUAAGGGAGGAUGUCCUAAGGGCCACCUCUAGAAGGUGCCACUGCAGCCUGACUGUUAGUCCUGACAGGCGGACCGAGUUAUCCUGUCAGGCGACAACUCUUAGCGCGUCUUCAGAGAUUCAAGCGUUUCAGGAAGUCGUCUUGAAGAAGGAGACACGAUCGCUGGGACAAGAGCUUUAUAAGCCUGGCGUUUCGGAUUCCUGCUCGAACCCAUCAUCAGAGAAAAAGCAGAUACGGGUGAUUCAUGCACAAGGGGCUGCAGUAUUUAUAGGAUGCAGUCGCCAUGCUACCGCAUACCUAUGAACAUUCACGGCUCCCUUCUUCAUCCGAGAUCGUCGCACUUGGUGUGCUAAUUGUCAGCUAUAAUAGUAGUAGGGAAAACGCUAAAUUGCAGUGGAGGCGCGGACUCCCUAGUGUCAGUCCUCUCUCUCUCUCCCCUCCUCUCUGCAUCGGUCGACUGUUCGAACCUGUCAAUCAGCCGAUGAGGUGAUUGGAUGCAGUGGCUGACGCGGCGUGAAGGCCGACGUCUAGGUGUGCCACCAGGCUCAGCCCAUGUGCUGCAGUAACUAUAGACCCACGCGGCCCCCCAUAAACGCGCACCUUGAGCCAGUUUGACCCACUUUUUGGAUCAACAGCGCAGUUCCUCGUGUUGGAGGUCGAGGUUUAAUAGUUCCUUCGCGGGCGAUUUCUGGCUGUUGCGGCUUAAGACGAUCGAAGUAGUCCUGCUCUCCACCCAGUGGCAGUCUAAAGUCAUGGCUAGGAAGGGUUUCGGUCAGCGUGUAAAAAGGUCCGUGUUGUUAAGAGGUGGUUGUCCACUCAGCGAAGCGAUUCACUUGCUGUACAGGCUGGAACUACGUCUUCGGAUGGCCACCUCGAUGCAGUAUCUCGCCAGCACCGGUCCGGGCGGAUAGAAGACCCGACCGAAGGAGUCCGACUUCAGGUCUACGCGACACUGAAACCCAGACUAGAUAUGCUGGUUACUUCUGGUUAGCCUAAGUUGUGAUAGGGCACUCGCAUAGAGCUAUGAGCCUGUUAGACGCUGCCACUGUGGGGUUGCUUACCUACGCGGUCAGAAUCGGUCACCUCAUCGGCCCACACGCACAAACUGGCGAGAGGCGCGCUGACCUUACGGAGUGACUAGCGCCACAUACACCCCUCGCGCCUGACAGGGUUUGUGGCCAGGAGCCGCCCAUGUGCUUUGACCUCAGCUUACACAUGCCGCAUACGAGCUCUCUACACAACUCUGUUGCGCCUUGAAUCCUGCCAGUUGGUAAGCGCCUUGUCACCUGACUUGUUAACUCUGUUCCUCCCAGAAAUUAAAUGGCUCCUCGAUGUGGCCUUGAAUGUUCGACCGUCGUUGCCGACGCUGUCUACAGCGAGAUGAGAGCAGGCACGGGGAUUUGUGCGUGAAUUAGUUUAUAGUGAUGGAAGACUUACAAGGCAUCUACCGCACUCUCCCCUCCUCCUCCUCCUCCACCUCCUCCUCCCCCCCCCCUCCUCCUCCUCCAUCUAGGCCCGGUGCCAAGACAAAGUCGAGAAGACCAGAGACGAGGGAGGACUCAGGCGGUUGGCGCUGUUGAGCCCCCGCCUUGGCGUUCCACUCCACACAACAAAUGACCAGAAUUUUAACCAAUAACAGCAACACCACAACGGGGGUCAGAAGUACGACAAGGAUGACUAGGCAGACAUGCUCAGGACCUGUAUACCGAGGGGAGGCGGAAGCGCAUCCACCGGCAGGUAACCAGGUGUCAGAGAGCUGCCAGCGCAUACCAGGUUGUUAGGGCCAUGGUUUGCGGAUCCUGGCAUAGCAGACCUGGCCUAUAGACCUUUAGGCCGAGGUGGCCUUAGUGGUACUCUCACGCACAUGGGAUCCGAGACGUCCUUAGGGAGGGGGGUGGGGCGGUACAUCUGGAGUGGGCCAGGUCGUGUGUGGCACACGUAGACGGGAUGUUUAGCCUCGCCGGUCACUGUGCCGGUGCCCACCACCGGUCGUCUUAGCAUUUUUUUCUCAUCGGAGCCUGGUUGAUGGGGGGUGAGAGAGUGCGGUAGAUGCUGCGCAAGUCUAUCGCAGUGUUAACUAAUUCACGCGUAAGUCACCGCUGGUAGGCAGGCGGACGUCGCCGCUUGCGAUGGUCGGAAUUCGCGGGUAGACUUCCUCGGGGUUCCUGGCGUCAUCGGUGCCGUUGGACAAGCAGUAGCAGUCUACUGCUUCCUUUUUUGAUUGGUUACUCUCAUCUUCCAGUCUAUACUUUCAUCCAAUGCUGAUGAAGGGGGCGCUAACCUUCUAUGCCCAAACUGUUGAUGGUGACAACAAUCUGAAAUUGGCGGUCUCCGAUCUGACUUUAUUGCAAAACGGAUUGUGGGCGCUCUCUGGUUGCAAACAUUCCCGGUUACAGCAAUCGGGACGCGGGUAGUUUUCGUAACGGUUAUGGCGUUUAACCUUAGAAAGAGGUGAAUCUGUGUCCGAGCCUCAGAUAUUGUGCUGGUGGUGACAUACAGUCGUUGCAUUAGCCCUUUGUGAUUGCAGUCUACAAGGUGCAUCCGUUCCGCGUAAAGAAAACCACAUAUUCUUCUAUGCCUUUAAAAAGAUGCCAUAUAGAGUCCAUAAAAUUUUGUAUUGGAUGUGGACUAUGUUGUAAAUUUCAUGGGGAACAGUGGUAAGCAGACAGGCACUAUGCUGUAUGAAUGGACAUUGCACGGUUUUAAAUUUCAUUAUGAGAAACUUUUUUAGAAUCUAAUUAUACCCCUUCUUCGAGUAUAAAAUAUAAGAAUGACAUGACUCUCUAUCAAACGAGUGAAAGAAAGCAUGUUUUCGUUCAUGUUUUCUGUAAAAUAUAUUUGAGUUUACAUGCAUGCUACUUAAGUAGUCAUUUCUUAUCAAGUACGGUUUCUACAGGAGGUUGACAAGCGGUGCCUUCGAAAGCUGACACCCUGCCGAGUCCGAAAUAUUAUAGGAUUAUGCCGCAAGAUAAUCAGUAUUACAAUUGCGCCUAAUUAAUCUUUCCUAAUCGAAAACGCAUUACAGGAUUGCAGUCAAUAUUUCAUGAGAUCGGUCACUCACUGUACGCCAUAAGUAUUCAUUCCCCCGUCUCUCCCUCUAUGCCUCUCCGCACUCCCUCGUCUUUAUGAUGAGAAGGAUUGUUAUUACCAUUAUUCAUGCCACUUUUGGCAUCACUGUUUACCUGGACUGAUUUAUUGCCUUUCUGCCUGUCUGCAUAGUAGUCAUUGCCGAUUGAUUUUCCUUCUUUUAGCCCGCGCCGUCAGACUGGGGCAAUGAGUGGGGCGAUGACGAUGAGCUGUAG